UCUAGCAAAUUUUCAAACACAAACGUUUGUGCUCCCAAUACAAGCUCAAACGUUAGAAACGUCGGUCUCGACUGACAAUGGAGACGGAUAGUUGCUUGUCUUUUUGUUCUCCGCCUAAUAGGACAACCCAGGACGAUUCUCCGCGUUUGGAGCGCAGUUCCGAUUCUUUUCGAUCCGGUGACGAGUCACCGAAUGCCCAGCACCAUAUUCAUUCCCAUCGAAUAAAUUUACGGGGCGAUUUUUACAGCCACGCAGCUGUAGGAAGGUUCACCGAUACUCUGGGGGACUUUGCGCACAGCGUGGUUACGCCAAACGCUCGCGAUUCAUCAGUGAAACUGCACAGCAAAUAUCUGGAAGCUUUAAACCAAAGUCAGAAGUUUUUAUCAUUAAGUGGGAAGACCACGCUUUAUGAGAAUAAUCCUCAGGAUGGGGAGAAGGGCCAGCCCAAACCCCUCGGGUUCCCCGUCCCGGGCCCCUACUGCUGCGGCCGGCUGAAGGAGUCGCCCGUCGAGCCGCUGGGCGACUCCAUCGCCGACUCCAUCGACCUGUCGGGCAAGAGCAAGAAGCGGCGGAACCGCACCACCUUCAGCACCUUCCAGCUGGACGAGCUGGAGAAGGUGUUCCAGAAGACGCACUACCCCGACGUCUACGCCCGCGAACAGCUGGCCCUCCGCACGGACCUCACGGAGGCCCGCGUGCAGGUGUGGUUCCAGAACCGCAGGGCCAAGUGGAGGAAGCGGGAACGCUACGGGAAGAUCCAGGAGGUGCGCAACCACUUCGCUGCUACGUACGACAUCUCCAUCCUCCCUCGCUCUGAGACGUACUCUCAGCUCCAGAGUAACUUGUGGCCAGGGAGCAGUCCUGGGGCCCCAGGGGUGGGCGGGGGCUGCGUUCUGGGCCCCGACAGCAUGCCCUCGUCCUGCAUGACACCCUACUCCCACCCCCACCCCCACAGCAACCUGCCGGGCUUCAUGGGCAUCUCCGCCUCACCCGGCCCCCACCACCCGCACCCGCACCCCCACGCGGGCGUCAACAGCCUGUACUCGCUGCACGGCUUCCCCGGGGCGCUGGGGGGCCACUCCUUCGAACCCACGGCCGAGUCCGACUACAAGCCGUCGGGCCUGGUGGCCCUGCGCGUGAAGACCAAGGAGCCCGGCGGCCUGCUGUCCUGGCCCACAUGACCCUGGCGCUGGCCCACAUGACCCUGGCACUGGCCCACAUGACCCUGCCGCUGGCCCAGUGACUGUGGCGCUGGACACCCGCAAUUCGGCCGGCCCUCCAGAGCACAUGGCCAACCGCUGCUCACCCAGAACGUCUGUCCGGCUGAAGGGAUGAGGGAAGAUGCUGAGGUCCAAAGCUUGGGUUUCGGCCCUUCAUUCUGGCAUCUCUGCCUCUGUACAACUCCUCCUCUUCCUCUCAGCUCUCUUCCUCCUGCCACUAAAGUAACUUACCCUGAUUUCACUGUUCAGGGAUGUUAUCAUCUGCAGGAUGACACAGGAUGCUUUUGGAGGGGACAGUCUGCUUGUUUCAUGCCUGGUCCAUAUAGGCCAGGGUUGUUGGCCUCAGCUUUCUUUUGGACAACUUGCAUGGGACAUUUAGCCUUUUUUGGAAAUAAUAAUAA